GGGGGGUGUGGAUGUACGCAGGAGUUUAUAGAGACGAGAAAUCGCGGGGACGGCUUCGCAGCGCUCUCUCUCUCACUCUCUCUCUCUCUCUCUCUCUCUCUCUUGCUCUCUCUCAUGAAACAGUGAUGCAGCUGCCUUCCCUGGCCAGCGUUGCUUUCCUGCUAUGCAUCUCUCAGGUAUCUUGUCGCUGCUCCUCCACAUGCCGUUGCCCCCCGGGCCUGCCUCACUGCCCCCCUGGAGUCAGCCGGGUGCUGGAUAACUGUGGUUGUUGUCAGGUGUGUGCCCGGCAGCUCAACGAAGACUGUGACAAGCUGGUGCCCUGUGAUCCCCACAAAGGCCUGGAGUGCAACUUUGGCGCUGACCCCUUGGCCAACAGGGGCAUCUGUUGGGCCAAACAAGAAGGCCGGACAUGUGAGUACAAUGGCCGCAUCUACCAGAACGGAGAGAAUUUUCAGCCCAACUGCAAACAUCAAUGCACCUGCAUUGAUGGGGCUGUGGGCUGCCAACCUCUGUGCCCCUUAGAGCUGCCUCUGAUCGCGCUGGGUUGCUCCAACCCCCGGCUCCUGAAAGUACCCGGUCAGUGCUGCAAGAAGUUUGUGUGCGGCAAAAGUCUCAAGAAGUAUGGAGGGGCCACCUUUGAGCAUGACUGGCAUGGAGAGGCAAAUGGCAACGAGCUGAUCUAUGUGGGCAAAGGUGGACACUGGAAAAACCUACCAG